AUGAUUCCCCCUUGCGACCCCUCCAUUCUGGAACACAAUCCCCAAUUCAAACGACUUUAUGAGAAUCUCACGACUAAUUUAUUGAAUCCCGAUGGGUCAAGUCGUGCCAAGGCAGACCCAGCCCGGGAGGCCAUUGUGGAGGACUUGAAGUCAUGUCAAGUAAGGAGCGCGAAGAAGAGAAUCAAAGAGCGUACACUCAGGCAGCUGGCGUUUGCGUCCGACAGCGAGCUUCGUGAUGAGUGCCAUGAGAACCUUGCCAUAAUAUCGAUCUACCUUGAUACUCCUCGAGCAGCCAUUGAGUCCGAAACUCCCGCACAAGAACCUCAAGAUGUGAAGCAAGCAGAAGGACAAGACGACAUCCUGUCCCUUCUUUCCCACGAAUUCGAGACUUUCUACUCCAACAUUCCCACCUUUAUCCAACAAUUCUCCCAAAUCCUCUCCAGUGCACUUCACGACCUUCGUACAAUAGCAGCGAUAUCUACCGAUGACCCCGCAGCCAUUGAACCGGAGCCAGAAUCUAAAACAUCACGCACCCUUCCCGCCCUAGCCCGAUCCUCCUCAAACCACCACUCUCGCGCCCGCGCUCGAGACCGCCGUGUCAGAACGUCAAUGGCUCCUGUUCCGCCUCUGUCUACUAUACUUCGGGCUCGAGUCCAGGCUCUCCGCGAUAUUCAGCUAUCCGAACUACCUUUAGCGCGGCGCCAAAUGGCCGCGGCGGCUGCAGAGGUAAUCUCAGUACAGGCUCGGGUACUAGAGCGGACGAUUGUUCUUCUGGAGCGGGUUAAGCACGGAGCUCUGGCAAGGGCAACAAGGGCACGAGCUGAUCAUUUGGCCAUUGUGGCGCAGGGGGUUGAGGGAAAAUUAGAGGUCACUAAGCUUGAAAUCGCAGCUACGCUAUACACACCCGAGACACUGUCUGCACUUGGUCGAUAUAAGCAACACCUUUGUGAGACGAGAGUGCGGCUUGAUGAGCGGAGUGAGAUAGCCACUGAAGAGUUGAGACGUUACGGAGAUGUUGAGGGUGCGACCUCUGAGUCUGGCAAUAUAGACCGGAGUAGCACUCUGGCGGAAAUUGCGCGAAGAUACGGAGUCCUUGCUAAGGAGGUCGAAGGGGUGAAAAUGGAGAUUGCUAGGCUGGGCGAAUAG